AUGGGGAGGGGGAAGGGAGACGGAGGCCUGCUGUCGCCGUGGCGAUGCCUCAUCCUGGCCCCUGCAGCCGGUUGGCUGGCGGCGGGUCUGGAGGCGGGCCGGCCGAAGCAUGGAAUCCGCACUUUGACCAAUGGCACUGGAGAGGGCUCUCAGCCCCGGCUGCUCAUUGGCUGGCACCGGUACUGGGGCAACACUGGACCCCUGUCCAUCUGUGGGGCAGGUACUGGGGCAACACUGGACCCCUGUCCAUCUGUGGGGCAGGUACUGGGGCAACACUGGACCCCUGUCCAUCUGUGGGGCAGAAGAGCGUAUUGCUGCAGUGUGUUUGGGGUGAAUGGAGGCGUUGCUCUGGUUUUGUAUGGGCCAAUCACACCCAUCACACCUACAAUCACACCAACCAUCACACCCAUCACACCAAUCACACCAACAAUCACACCAAUCACACCUACAAUCACACCCAUCACACCAAUCACACCAAUCACAAUCACACCCAUCACACCAAUCACACCUACAAUCACACCAACCAUCACACCAUCCAUCACACCAAUCUCACCAAUCACACCCAUCACACCCAUCACACCCAUCACACCAAUCACACCAAUCACACCCAUCACACCUACAAUCACACCUACAAUCACACCUACAAUCACACCUACAAUCACACCAAUCUCACCCAUCACACCCAUCACACCAACAAUCACACCCAUCACCCAUCUCAUCAAUCUCAUCAAUCACACCCAUCACACCAAUCACACCAACCAUCACACCAAUCUCACCAAUCACACCAACAAUCACACCCAUCACCCAUCUCACCAAUCACACCUACAAUCACACCAACCAUCACACCAAUCUCACCAAUCACACCCAUCACCCAUCUCAUCAAUCUCAUCAAUCACACCAAUCACACUAACAAUCACACCCAUCACACCAAUCACACCUACAAUCACACCCAUCACAAUCACACCCAUCACACCAAUCACACCCAUCACACCAAUCACACCUACAAUCACACCCAUCACACCAAUCACACCUACAAUCACACCAAUCUCACCCAUCACACCAAUCACACCUACAAUCACACCAAUCACACCUACAAUCACACCCAUCACACCAAUCACACCUACAAUCACACCAAUCUCACCCAUCACACCAACAAUCACACCCAUCACACCAACAAUCUCACCAAUCGCACCAAUCUCACCAAUCACAAUCACACCCAUCACACCAAUCCCAACAAUCACACCCAUCACAAUCACACCCAUCACACCAAUCCCAACAAUCACACCCAUCACACCAACAAUCACACCAAUCACGCCGCUUUCUUUCCUGUGUUUCCAGCAUCAUGAUUACGUCCCAAACCUUCCCUGGCUGAUCCCACGCUUAUUCCUCUCUCUCUCUCUCUCUCUCUCUCUCUCUCUCUCUCUCUCUCUCUCUCUCUCUCUCCCGUCUCUCUCUCUCUCUCUCUCUCUCUCCCCCGUCUCUCUCCACCUCUCAUCCAUCCAUCUUUUUGGGAUUUUCAUUUCUGCUUGUAAAUUUGUACGUUUUGUCAGUUUGCUGGAGAAGGCAUGGAGACCACAAUGAAAUAAAAACAAAACGUUGGUUCAAAUGGCUAAAUAAAAGGAAAAAAUGGUGAAAAUGUUUUGAUAGAUGAAAUUCUCUGACAAAACUAUUUCUGUGUAAAAAAAACAAAAAAAAACAAAACAAAAAAUUUAAAUUGUAUUAUAUGAAAGGAAAAAAAGGUAAAUGUAUGUGUUGUGAAUAUGAGAAGCAGAUAUAUUAAACAAGUGCAUGAAAUGUUU